AUGACUGCGAGGGAGCCUUCAGAUGGCAGUCUGCCGUCCCUCUGGAAUAGCGCCUGCAAGGACUAUGGUAGAAAAACCGGAAUUUCGUUAACAGAUGAGCGUUUCCCCAAAAUUCAGGGGCCUGAGGAUCUGUCUCGCCAGCUAGAAUAUGAAACGGACAACUUUGAAGAUUUUCGAAUGAAAAGACGGCCCCUUUUACAUGCAAUGCAGACGGUUCUGGCACCAUUUGAAAGCUGGGGUGACCUGAUCGCCGGUGCUGCCGCGGCAGCUUUCCCUCCAGCAUCGUCGAUCAUGGGUGCGAUGCUCCUUCUGGUUCAGGCGGCACGCAGAGUUAGUGACGCAUUCAACGGGAUCCUUGACCUUUUUCAGAAGCUAGGUAAUUUUGCUCUGCGAUUAGACUCAUACAAGGAGGUCACCCUCGGUGAGGGGAUGAAAACAAUGAUCGUGAAAGUGUUGGUUAAUUUCCUGAGAGUUUGUGCGGCGUCACAAAAUCUGUUGAGCCACGGUUCACUCAAGGCGAGACUUUCAAAGUGGGCAAAGAAUAUACUCGUUGAGGAUACAUCAAUUAGCUCCUUGCUAGAGGAGCUAGAGGAGUUGACAAGCCAGGAACAUAUGAUGGUUUCUGCCCAUGCGCUCAAUCUCACCCACCAAACCCUGAGAAAUACCAAGGAAUUGCUCAAUAGAGACGAUGGUAGAAAGGAGCGCGAGAGGCUGGAAAGGGUCAAAGCAGCGUUAGACCCAGUUUCUGCAUCGGGUCAGGUCUUUUCUUCCAUCACCCAGAAUCGCAUACCGGGAUCCGGCAUCUGGAUUGAGGAUAGGCUUCAGUCCUGGUGGCAAGGAUCCCAACCGCUACUCUGGCUUCAUGGUGGCCCUGGGGUGGGAAAAUCGCAUCUGGCAUCGAAAAUCAUCACUGAACUUUCAAAUGAGUCAUUUUUGACCCCUGCGCCUAACAACGAUGUCGACCUACGCUCCCUCAAAAAAGCUCUGCGAACCAUGGCAUGGCAGCUGGCGACGCAGAAAUCCAGCUUUGCGGUGCAUGCCGAUGAGUUCUGCAUGAAGGAAGACCCAGGGAACAACUACUUUGUUUGGGAGAAACUCUUCCUAAACUACUUUACCGAAAGUUCAUCGGCUAUCACAACAUGCUUGGUGAUUGAUGGUAUUGACGAGGCUGAGGUGGAGGAACAGGAAGUCCUUUUCAGUUUGCUGGAAAAAGCCUUCUCAGCGGCAGAGGAUAUGAGCCUCGGCCUUUCCGUACGAAUCGUGCUCAUUAGUAGGGAUUCGGUGCGCGCCAUGCUUGAAGAGCAUUCGUUGGACUCGAUUCCGGACCUUGAAGUGGGUAAUAACCAGAAUAAGGAAGACCUCCACCAAUACGUCUCUCAGAAACUACAGAAGACAAAAUUGUUCCGUGGACAUCCUGAAUCCCUUGAAGAAACUAUUAAUGAUAUCAGUCAGGAAGCUGAGGGCAUGUGGGAAUGGGCCAACCUUGUCAUCAAAGCUGUUUUGCGGUGUCGGACUAAAGAGCAGAUCCGAAAGGUGGUCAGGACAAUGCCGCGAGGGAUUAGCGCAAUGCUUCAUGAAGAACUACAACGUCUAAGUAAAGAACUGUCCGGGUGGGAAGAAUCAUCGGGUGAUGAGGUAUCAGAGGGGGAAGGACCUGCCUCACAGAUCGAGCAGUUGAAGAUCUUGCUCUCCUUUGUUACAUUCGCGGAAAAACCACUGACUGUGCGUCAGCUUGAUAUUAUUCUCGAGCUCGUCCUGAAAGAGGAGUUCAUGAGUCUUGAAGACGAUAUUCGCACGAUUUACUCCUCUUUAUUUUAUAUCAGAGCCAACGAUAAUCAAGACGACUUUGGUGAUGGCGGCGACGUUGUAACACUUCGGCAUAGCUCCUUUUAUGACUUUUUCAGAAUGUAUACGGAGCCCGGACCAAUCUCUGUCAACAUUGAUAAAGCGGACACGAAGUUCCUAUAUGUUUUUCUUUACGCCCUAACAGAGGACUACACCCCCUGGUCCGAGAGGUUGAUAGGAGACCUCCGGGGAUAUGCCGAGAAAUUCCUGCCGUCAUAUCUCACUCGUGCAAAUCCCGAAAAGGCAGGAAAUCUGCGAGAAGUCAUUUCCACUUUGCUUGCAGAUCUUUUCAGCCAUGGGCAAGAUACGAAGGUAUUCAUUGAAGAAGUAAGUAUGAGGUGGUUCCCAUCAUAUUCGUUCUACCCAACGUGCAGGGUAUUAGAGCUCGGUUCCUACUGGCUGGACGCUCAAGAUCAGGAUAUUGCAAAUCAGAGGGCUGAAGUCGUACUCCAUUGGUUUCUUCCAAGCCAAAAACAGAGCUUCAUGGAUCAUGCCAGAGCAUCAGCAGUGGGAAGUGACGCAUGUCCCUUCACUGUCCUCCUAUCACAAAUGGUAGCGUCCUGGAGCCAACGCUGGCUAGAACCAGAAGAAAUAGCGGAAGAUGAUGGAUUACCUGGCAUCGCCCCCAUCAUUUGGUCACUGUACAAUUCGAUGGCAAAUGGAGUAAAGGAUUCUGAUGCGGACGGUCUAACACCAAAGAUAUCAGACCUAAUCUGGGGCCACGGAGAGCCUGCCAGCGUCCUGAUUCCUGCCCAGUUGCAAAGGCUUCAGCAGACACCUAUGUGGCAUGCGCGAGUUGCUCAGGCGCUACUUCUGAAAUUUUGCUAUGCGCAAGCGCUUGAGCAUUUUCAAAUUUCGCUAGCCAAAAGCCAUGGAACUUCAAUAUUCAGUACACAGUCCAUGUCUGUCAUCCACAGAAACAUGGCUCGUGCAUUUAGUGAAGUCGCAAUGCACAAGGAGGCAUUGGAGCAUCUUGAAUUAUCGGAGUCCCUGCGGAGCACCUCAGAGGAGAAUAACAACCCCCACGAUGCUGAUUCUGUUCAGGCCUUGCUCAAUAAGGCGCAAAUGAAGCAUUUGGCAAAAAUGACAGAUGAUGCAAUUGCAACCGCAGAGGAGGCUUGGAAUCUGGUACUGCAAAUCAGACUCGUGCACAGCGAUAUGGAAUUGCUUCCCUUCUUCUCCAUCUUCCUGGAACUGAACCAACCGCACCGUCUGCGGUCUAUGCUUGACCUUGCUUUCACCCCUUUUGAGAAGACAGCGAACAGUAGAAGCAGAGCUCUGAAUUUUGAGUGCUUCGUCCUCCACUCUUACUUGCUCCAAUCGCGCUCGAUGUAUAGGGUCCUUCAUCAUGCCCUAACUCACCGUGAUCAGGAUUAUCUUGAUCUUAUCGCGGGAGCCGUGAGGAAAGUCGACAAUGAAUUGGAUAGCCCCGUAGAAUUCAAAUACGUCUUCGCGACGCUGUUAUUUGAAAAAGGGCAAAGAGAUGCAGGGUUACAGGGUUGGUAUGAGGUUGCAUCUCUCUCUCCAGUCUCCUUCGAUAAGUGGUCCAAGCCCUCUCACAUGCGGUCAAUAAGCAACCUCGUUGCCUUAUGUCUGGACGAUGCCGAUAUCCCUUUCUGGGGACGGCCUCCAUUAGCUCUGAACGAAAAUAGUGAAUUGGGUGACGUCUGUCUGGUCCUCUCGAGCUGGCUCCGCGAUCAUCGGGAUAUCACAAAUGCUAGAGAUGCUCUCCGCUGGUGUGUCAAAGAGUGUAUCUUGCUGCUCUCAAAAGAUGAUCCUGCAGAUAAGAUCGAUGCCUUGGUGGGACUUUUCAGGGUAUUCCUUGUCAAUACAGAUAGCGAUGAAGACCUUGGGGCAGUCUUAUACUUGAUCAAGCAAGAUAUAGAGUCCCGAACGAACGUCCCUCGUAACAUGACAGGUACUACCAAAUUUUUGGAUGAUGAUGUGCAGCUUGACAUCUCCAGCACAUUUCAAAAUGUGCAAUUGAUAGAUGAGGAGGAAAAACGUUUGGAUGGUGACACUGAUGAUUAUAUGGACGAUGACAUAUACGCUAAAGUCGUGUGCGACCAUUGCACCGGGUGCUCUAGCUGCAAGCGAGAAAUUGGGUCUAUUCACCACUGGUAUUUCUGCUGCUCUUGUGCGUUCUCGGCGCUUUGUUGGCGAUGUUACCGCCAGGUUGAAUCUGGAGAUUUAUCCAGAAUUUCAGGUAUCUGCAAUCCUGAGCACAAAUUCUAUUAUACCGGCCCGCUUCUUCGGCCCUCUGAGCGCGUGCCUGAAGGGAUGGUGCCCUUGAUUUCUUCCGAUGGCAAGCAACAGAUCAUCUGGAUAGAAGACUGGAAGGAUAGACUUGCAAAGAAAUGGGAGACCGCGGAUUUCACAUUUACGGACGGGCUGUCAGCUUGGUGUAUGCGUGUCCUCCCAGAACCGCAGAGAGCUCGGUGGGCUUUAUUCUUCCAGACAUGA